AUGCAGUAUCUUGACCGGCUCGAUGAGAGCGUCUCAUGCCUGCAGACCCGCAACAUGAGCAUGGAGCAGAAAGUCAUUUACGACAACCUGGACAGUUCAAAACUCGAGGACCUUGUUGAGCUGCAUCGCAAGCGAUGUGCAGAUCUCCUGCGCCAGCUUCGUGCCACCUUACUCCUGGGCAACCAAAGCCCGUCUCCCAAAACACAAGCGCAUACGUCCUGGGAGGUGGCUGCUCAGACUCAAGUCUGGCCUGAUUUAUCGAGGAGAGGCCUGUUAGCGUUAUUGGGCCGGCUGCACUGGCGAGCGAUACCCGCCGAGUGGAAGACGGCGAUCGUUUCACUUGGUGCAAACAUCUGCGACCUGCAAGCAGUCGAGCGUCUUUAUACGGCAAAGAACAACAGACUGGACUUUGACAAGGAGCUCACCGGGCUCCAACCGCGAGGCUGGGACCCCGAAGAGUAUCCUGACUCGUUGCUUCUCGAGAUCGAAGGGAACAUCAGAAUUCGGAGAACCCAAGCGGGAAUCGCAGCAGCUAUGCGAGAACCACCACGAGGCCGUAGUGCCGUCAUGCAACUCAACAUGGGGGAGGGAAAAUCCUCCGUCAUUGUGCCUAUCAUCGCCGCAGCCCUUGCCAAUGGCUCACAGCUCGUUAGGGUCGUCGUUGCAAAACCGCAGUCACGCCAGAUGCUGGAUGUCUUGGUGUCCAAACUCGGGGGCCUCAUGAACAGGCGCAUAUAUCGGAUGCCAUUCUCCCGGUCCGUCAAGCUUGACGUGCUGCAGGUACAUGCUCUCACCAAGAUGUAUCAGCGUUGCGUAUCCGACGGUGGUGUCAUGGUCGUGCAGCCCGAGCAUGUGCUGUCAUUUCAACUCCUCGCCGUGGAGACGGCAAUUCGGGGAGAAAAAGGUUUGGCCAGAACGUUGUGGCAUCUGCUCAAAUUGCUCAACCUUGGAGCACGAGACAUUGUCGACGAGAGCGACGAGAACUUCUCAACAAAAUUUGAGCUCGUCUACACCAUCGGCGACCAACGCACGGUCGAACACGGCCCAGAGCGAUGGGCGGUCAUUCAGCUGGUUCUGGGCAUCAUCGUCAAGUACGCGCGUCGGGCCAAGGCUGAGUCUGCGCAAGGACUGGAGUUUGAUGAGGAAUCGCGAGCUUCCUUCCCGCUUACACGAUUCCUCAGCAGCGCAGCUGGUGAUGGCAUCCUUCUCCGGAGCGUUGCCGAAAUCUGCGAACUAGGCUUCCAGAACUUUCCAAUUGCACGACAGAGCGAGGACAUGAGAUCCAGGAUCCAAGACUACAUCAUGAAUCCCAACCCCCCAGUCAAGACUACUACGGAAGUGGAAAGCGGUCCAUUUUGGACGCGAUUCAAGAACAACGUCCUUUUUCUCCGCGGGCUCUUCGCUGGAGGGAUCCUGAGAUUUGUAUUCGGCCAAAAGCGAUGGCGUGUCAACUACGGGCUUGAUCCGGCACGGAAGCCCAGCACAAGACUGGCGGUUCCCUACCGUGCCAAAGACAGUCCGAGCCUUCGCUCCGAGUUCAGCCACCCGGAUGUCGUCGUCUGCCUGACUUGCCUGUCGUACUAUUACGGCGGCUUGGGCGACGAAGACCUGACCAUGUCCCUGGAUCUUCUCCUCCGAUCAGACCAGGUGGACUUGGAGUACAAGGCAUGGGUCGCGACUAGUGACGGCCUUCGUGAGUCGUUCCAUCACCCCAGGAGCAUCAAUCUUCGCGACCGGGAGCAGUGCUUCAGGGAUGUAUUCCCUUCCUUCAGGCGCUCAAAAGGUGCCGUCGAUUACUUUCUCUCCCAUUUCGUUUUCCCGCUGGAGAUGAAAGAAUUCCCUCACAAACUGUCGGCCAGCGGCUGGGACCUCGCGACUCCUCGACAGCAGCCCCUGACCGGCUUCAGUGGGACCAACGAUUCCCAGCAUGUCCUCCCCACGCCGAUCGUACAACUCGAACUACCCAGCCAAAAGCAUACCAACGCUUUGGUUCUGGAGCACCUUUUACGUCCGGAAAAUUCCGUGGCGUCUCUGUGCGAAGAAGGCCUACCGGGCAUCUGCAGAGGGCAAGCACUGUUGCAGCUCAUAGUGAAGAUGAGCCCCGAGGUUCGGGUCGUCUUAGACGUUGGUGCUCUGGUGCUCGACAUGACAAACGAGCAGUUUGCGCACGAAUGGUUGAAGGCUACGGAUGGCCGCGACGACAUUGAAGCCGUCGUCUACUGCAAUAACGAUGACCAUAUUUGUGUCUUGGAUCGCCGUGGGCAGGUGGAGCUGCUGGCCGUCUCGCCGUUUGGGGGACGCUUGGGUCGCUGCGUCGUCUUCCUCGACGAGGCGCACACAAGGGGAAUCGACCUCCGCCUACCCUCUGACUACCGAGCUGCGGUCACUCUAGGUGCGGACCUGACAAAGGACCGUCUUAUUCAAGCCUGCAUGCGCAUGCGCAAACUUGGCUUCGGCCAAUCCGUCGUGUUCUGUGUACCGGAAGAGAUCGAGACCAAGAUGAGGGACAUGGCCGCCGCCGCCGCCAAAGACGGACCGAUCACCGUGGGAAACGUACUGGAAUGGGCCAUCCAAGGCACCUGGGCCGACACCAGCCGGUCAAUACCCUUAUGGGCGACUCAAGGCAAAACCUUUGCGCGAAACAAAAGUCUCUGGGAGACUAUUGAGCGCGAGGAUGGGGGGCUCCUGGUUCAUGGUGACACGGCGAAGGAUUUCCUGGAGGACGAGGCUCAGAGUCUUGAAGUACGGUAUCGCCCAAAUCACGCGGACCGUAGCCGCAUAUCAGAAGCCACCGAGGCCCCCACCGACCAAGCCAUUCUCGACCAAGUCGUACAAAGAUGCGAGCUUUACGGAGAAACGGAGAUUUCCUCGAGCAGACUGCAGGAGGAGCAGGAGCGCGAGCUCGCGCCAGAGAUUGAACAGGAGCGACAACUCGAACGGCCUCGUCCUGCUAACCCCGCAAAGCAUGCUGUCCAUAACGCCGUGCGCAAGUUCGUCCAGACCGGUAUUAUCGAUGAAGGAACAAGAGACGAGGCCUUUGCAUUGGCUUUUGAUGUCUUCAGGCGAACAAGUGCAUCGGCGCACCUAGAUCUCGACCACUUCCCUCAAGCACUGCUGGUCACCAAAGACUUUGAGAGAACCGUCAUUCCAACACCAGCUGCCGGAUUCUGCAUGGACAGCUACGUCCGGCCCGUGCAAUGGGUUCUCAGCGACCGCAAGACGACCUUUGUCAUUCUCAGCCCAUUCGAGGCCAACGAGCUGAUGACGGAGAUUGGGGCGUCGAAAGCAGUGACGCUGCACCUUUUCGCCCCACGGACGAACCAGGUACUCAGACCACUCGACAACUUGGAUUUGUACACGAUACCGUCCGCCCCCGUGCCCUUUCACCCAAUCCCGGUGCGUAUCAGGAUUGAACUCAUGCUGUUUUCCGGACAACACUACUUCGACUCCUACGACCAGUAUGUGAGUGUCUGCGACUUUUUGUGCUUGGCACACGAGGCAACGUCCGGGGGGCGGCGGGUCGGACCAGACGGGUUCAUCGAGCCAGAGGAUCACCCUCCAGGUCGCGACGCGUCUAGCAUAUUCAGGGAAAGUCCCGUUCGGUUCUUGAAGGUAUUGAUGACGCAGGUCCUGCGAUCGGGUCGGGAUAUAGAGAAGACCCAUUUGGGCAGGCUGUUGGAAGGAGUGCUUCUCACCAGCCAAGACCUUGAUUCGUAG